CCAGGGCUGGAGGGGUGUGUCUGUGAGGGCUUCAGUGCUGCUCCUGCUGCCAAGCGAAGCCCCUUCUCAGCGCAGGGCUGCCAUUCCUGCUCCUUCCCCGCCUGCAGCCCCUGCCUAGGCGCCUCCUGCUUUCUCCCUUUGGCAGCUGCUGCUGCUGGUGGUCCUUUCGGGAGGAAGCCAUUUCCAAGAGGAGCCCCUUCUGUCCUCCUGAGAGAGGCUCUUCUUGGCGCCCUUUUCCUGGAAAGAGAGGCAGCAAGUCUCCUGAACGAUGCCCAUUGCCCAUCUGCUGGAGCUAUGGAACAAGAUCGAAGUCAAAGAGGUGGACGGAGGGGAAGAGGGGGAAGAGGAGGAGGAGGAGGAGGAGCCCAUGGAGACAGAGCCAGCAGCAGAGAAUGCCAGCCUGGAUGAAAUCUCAGAUGAAUCUGCAGAUGAGGAAGAAGGCAUUGUGAAGGAGAUUGAUAUCAGUCACCAUGUAAAGGAAGGUUUUGAAAAAGCAGACCCAUCACAGUUUGAGCUGCUGAAGGUUUUGGGGCAAGGCUCCUAUGGGAAGGUAUUUCUAGUGAGGAAAAUCAAAGGAUCUGAUUCUGGGCAGCUCUAUGCAAUGAAGGUACUCAAGAAGGCAACUCUGAAAGUCCGAGAUCGCGUACGAUCAAAAAUGGAAAGAGACAUCUUGGCAGAAGUGAACCACCCUUUCAUUGUAAAACUUCAUUAUGCAUUUCAAACAGAAGGGAAACUGUAUCUUAUACUAGAUUUCUUACGAGGAGGGGACCUUUUCACCAGACUUUCCAAAGAGGUAAUGUUUACAGAAGAAGAUGUUAAGUUCUACUUAGCUGAGCUGGCCUUGGCUUUAGAUCAUCUCCAUGGUCUUGGUAUUAUUUACAGGGAUUUGAAGCCAGAAAACAUUCUUCUAGAUGAAGAAGGACACAUUAAGAUUACAGAUUUUGGCCUCAGCAAGGAAGCCAUUGAUCAUGACAAGAGAGCAUAUUCGUUCUGUGGGACAAUAGAGUACAUGGCCCCAGAGGUGGUCAACCGGCGAGGACACACGCAAAGUGCUGACUGGUGGUCAUUUGGUGUCCUAAUGUUUGAAAUGUUGACGGGAUCAUUACCAUUCCAAGGGAAAGACAGGAAGGAGACAAUGGCUCUCAUUCUCAAAGCCAAGUUAGGAAUGCCACAGUUUUUGAGCAUAGAAGCUCAGAGUUUGCUGCGAGCUCUUUUCAAGAGGAAUCCAUCCAACAGAUUAGGUGCUGGCCUUGAUGGAGUCGAAGAAAUUAAACGACAUCCCUUUUUCUCUACUAUUGACUGGAAUAAACUGUACAGGAAAGAAAUCAAACCCCCUUUUAAACCUGCAGUAGGACGGCCAGAGGACACUUUUCAUUUUGACCCUGAAUUCACGUCACGGACACCAACAGAUUCCCCUGGUGUCCCUCCCAGUGCCAAUGCUCAUAAUCUCUUCAGAGGGUUUAGCUUUGUUGCAUCCAGUUUGGUGCAGGAACCUGCACAGCAAGAGCCACACAAGAUGACAGUUCAUCCAAUUGUCCAGCAGUUACAUGGGAACAAUAUUCACUUUACAGAUGGAUACGAAAUCAAGGAGGAUAUUGGUGUUGGCUCAUAUUCUGUAUGCAAGAGGUGUGUACAUAAGUCUACAGAAGCAGAGUUUGCAGUAAAGAUAAUUGAUAAGAUCAAACGAGACCCCUCUGAAGAAAUUGAGAUUCUUCUAAGAUAUGGACAGCACCCAAACAUCAUAACUCUCAAAGAUGUCUAUGAUGAUGGAAAAUAUGUGUACCUUGUGAUGGAGCUCAUGCGAGGAGGAGAACUCCUAGACCGAAUUCUUCGACAGAAAUGCUUCUCAGAACGAGAGGCUAGUGCUGUCCUUUGCACUAUUACCAAGACAGUAGACUAUUUACAUUCCCAGGGAGUUGUUCACCGAGAUCUGAAGCCUAGUAAUAUUCUGUACAUGGAUGAAUCUGGGAACCCAGACUCCAUCAGGAUCUGUGAUUUUGGAUUUGCCAAACAACUGAGAGCUGAGAAUGGCCUACUAAUGACACCAUGUUACACAGCCAAUUUUGUAGCACCUGAGGUCUUAAAACGGCAAGGCUAUGAUGCAGCCUGCGAUAUCUGGAGCUUAGGGAUUCUGUUGUACACCAUGUUAGCAGGGUUCACUCCCUUUGCAAAUGGACCAGAUGAUACUCCAGAGGAGAUUCUGGCAAGAAUUGGCAGUGGAAAAUAUGCACUCACAGGAGGAAACUGGGAUUCAAUAUCUGAUGCUGCUAAAGAUAUUGUGUCAAAGAUGCUUCAUGUAGACCCCCAUCAGCGCUUAACAGCAGCCCAGGUUUUAAGGCACCCGUGGAUAAUAAACAGGGAAUAUCUGUCCCAAAAUCAGCUCAUCAGACAGGAUGUACACCUGGUAAAGGGUGCAAUGGCAGCCACAUACUUUGCUUUAAAUCGAACACCUCAGGCACCAAGACUGGAACCUGUAUUGUCCUCCAACCUGGCCCAGCGUCGGGGGAUGAAAAGACUGACCUCAACGAGGUUGUAGUGGUCCUAAAAUGCCUAGCAUGAGAAAGGAAGACAAACACUGUAUGUCAAUCAGGGAGGCUGACAUAUAUUGCUAAUUUUGCAGGGCGCUGGACUAUUGGCACAUAAAUUGUUGGAAUUAGCAGAAUUUCAUCAUAAAGCAAAGUUAUUCUUUGCUUUCAGAUUCUUCUUUUUUUACAUUAUCGCCAAGAUCCUGAGUUAGCAAUUACUCAAAAAUGUGCCAAUUUUUCAAUUGCUGUAUUGCUUCUUAUUUAAGUAUAAAUGGCUGAAAUCCUGUUUUGUCCCUUCCUCCUUUUCUCCAAAUGCUAUUUUUGGAAUCUUUUAGAUGCUCUGUAAGAUGACUUUUUGUAAGCACUUUUCAACAGAGAAACAUGUAGUUUUGAUUUUAGAGGUCAAUGCUACCAGCAUUUGUGUCAUGGUGAAUUGUCAUAACUUGAUCUAGCUACCCAUCCAAAGGUGCAGUGAGGUUCAUCUCAAGAAAGCUAAAGGAGAAUAGAAUUGUGACACCAUGAAUCUAAUGGCCUGUUGAAAGAGAUGCUUUAUGUGAAGGGAAUGAGCAGUUGGUGGGGUAUCUGUUUAUUUCUUCAAAAAGUCCUUUCUAUGUGUUAGUUCCCUAUAGAAACAAAUGCAUGGAGGUCAGAGUGGGGCACCUGCUGAUCCACAUAGUCAAGGGGCCCCCAUGUAAAUAUAAUAAAUGCACAAUCUAUAUUAGCCCAGAUAAACUGUGGAAACAUAUCGCACAUAGAGGAACCUGUGUUAGUUCAGGUGUUCAUGUAUUGGUGCUGUGGAAAUAGAGCCUUGGAGUAUGUGGAAGUUGGGGAUAAGCACAGCUGGUAUUACUCUCUACUCUUCGCAUUCAUAUCUACAUGCACAAACACAAGACAGCAAGUUCUAAGGACUGUAUGUUAAGCUACACACUUUCCUGCUGCUUUCAUUUGAAGAUGAUGAUCUUUGAUUUGCCUCUUCAGUUUUAAAAUAGUGGCUCAUAAUGCCAGACUAAUGUCUACAGGAAGAAAUCAUAGGGGCUCAACAGACCGCCCCAAAAGGGUGGCCUGUAGCUGCCCGUUUUUAUGCUGCAAGGAGGCUGCACCAACCAAACAGCGCGGCCUCCGUCAGGACUAAAAAGAACCCGCUGAAAGCAAGUUAUUUUUAGUCCACACGCUAGGCCCCAUUGUUGGACACUGUGCCACGCAUGCGUCAUCGUGACAGCAUGUGGAUGGGGCCGAGCCAUGAUAGUGCCAGCUGUGCGCAGUAGGGUUUCCAUCAUGGGCUCCUUCUGUAAAAAGAAGGUGCCACCAAAGCUGCACCCAGGACACUCCGCACACCUGAGCCAUAAAAUUGGCCGUAGACCACCGCUUUCAGUACUGGGCCAAAGUCUCUGGGUGCUUCCAGAUGAGACUUUUAAUGUGCAGUCAUUAAGUACCUCAUCUUACAAGCAAAAAAGACAGAAUAGCUUCCUACUGUCCUUUUUGAGUAUUAGAGGUAGGAGCUCACCAGCUGGAAGCACACUGACCAGUAGUAGAGAAGUUGUCAAUGGAGAAACUUUAAGAAGUCUACGGUAUUUCACACUAUCACAGAAAAUUAUUAUGUUGGACAAACAAUCCAUUCCUAUGCGUGUCUAAUCAGAAGUUAAGUACCACUGAAUUCAAUGGGAUUUAAUCCCAUCUUUCUGUGGCUAUAUAGGAUUGCAUUCUAAACAUUUUUCAUUACUAUUGUGGCCUUUGUAGAGCACAAUCUAGGUGACAAAAAUAGAUAUCUUUCCACCUCCAACUGAUACCACAGCCAUGUUUUAUGUCUGAUAAUUAACUAGAUUGCAUCCAUUGGCCACAAUACAGAUUUAGGCAGGUCAGCAAGGCUAUGCUACAAAUGUCUGCGUCUCAAAAGUAAAUUCCCCUGCAGUUCCACUUAGACUGCAAUCUAAAUGUGUUGAAAUCAGUGUUUCAGAGAUGUACUAUCACCAUUAUUUUAAGCACUUUACUUGAUUUUCAUACUUGAUGUUGUCAGUUUCCAGAGCUAUGCAGGAGAAGCCAGUGUGCUACAUUCUUUUACUGCUUGUGAGGUGGGUAGGGGGUGAAGUCAGAAUAUUAUUGUAUCCUACUGUUGUGAUCCUACAGUUUGGGAGAUCCCUGUUAACUGAGUCUGCAUAUACAAGGGAGCAGAAGGUUACAUUAACUACUGUAAUGUGCUUCUGGAGAUUGGUUUUCAUGUCCAACAAGCUGUUAUGUAACAUAUUUUAUUUUGUCCUUAAUUUAAAAGUUAUAUUUAAUAUUUCAAUUUAUGUGCUGUGCACAUAGGACUGCAGUAGAGCAUUUGCUCUUCAAGCUUGACUUCUGGAAUAACAUAAUGCUGUGAAACUCCAUAAAAUGAAAAAGUUGUCUGAAGUACAGCAGGAGAUAAUGUGUAUAUUAGAAAUCUUGAAAAAGUCCACCUGUUUUUAUGUUGUGUAUCUAAAGAUAGUUACUUUCACAUUGGUUAAGUGCCCUGGAUAUACUCUACAAAAGAUAUGGUGUUUUCAUCAUAUAGGUCUGCUUUACCAGAAGCCUAUUACUCAGGUCCAUAAAUGACCGUGCAGAAAAUGCCCAUGUCCUUCCAUGGUUACUGCAGGAGAUGUCACAUUACACUGGUCAAGUCUGUGGUCAAAUCUUUACUAAGAAUGGCAGCUGGAGUACAAUGCUUUUAGGUGAUGAGCCAUGGAAAUAAUUGAAAUAGCAUGUCCCUCUUUCACAGAAUUAGGGUUCAGGUGUUACAUUACUCCAGCAGGGUAUAUUAUAUGUCACAUAUUAAAUUUAUAAUCAAGUCUUAAUCCUAGUCCAGUUUCAUGUAGAUAAAAAUUGUAUCUGAUACACAGUUUUGGUCAUUUCCCAAUCUUAUAUUUAACAUAUUUCUGAUACCCAAGUAUAUAAAAUAUAUAAAAUGAACAUUAUAUAGAUCUGCUGUUUAGUUACACAACAUCAUGGGGCUUCUACAUAUUUAGAAUGACUGAAUCCUCAAGUUCUUGGGUGCCGAAACACAGUAGAACAGAUUUAUCUAGUGGUAUUCAGCUCUCACAAAGCUUCUACCACAUGUUGAAAUGUCACAUUCAUCUGUUUGCAAGUUUCAGGUCCAAUAUUUGGAAUCUUCUGGCAGGAGCUGUUUGUUACACAAGGAUUUUUACAUCCAUUAUAAACUUAAUACAUCUAGUGUCAUUUACACUGGUAGUGGUGAUUGUUCCACUAACUUGGCUUGCAAGAUGUAUGCAGAGCAGUUGCCAUCUUUGUACAUUUUCUAUUGUGAUGGCUCCUAGUUGUAGGUUCCUAACUUUACAUGUCUUUGAGGUACAAGACGUAACAAGUGUAUAAACGUGUCGGUUUUGUCUUUGAGUAAUGUUGUUUGCUACUUUCAAAGUAUGGUGACACAGCAAAUUCAGGGAUGCUGGCUUUUUCUGAUGAGGGGGAAAACAGUGGCUCUUGUAUAUAUGCUGCACAGAAUUUUAAAAUUGCUCAGUUUUGGAAAAAUUACUGGCCCAAAUUUUAAAAAAAAAGAUUAGUUGUGUUUCAGGACAUGUGGAGCCAUUAAUAAAUUGCCUUUCAUGGAUUUAAAUAGAACCUGGCAACCUACCCCUUCUGGAUGGUAGUCACAUCCUAAUCUUACUUGAAAUAAAAUAUGGAUAGUCUUAUAGUCUAAGAUCCUCAAGAUACUCAACUUGCUUCUGCUGUAUUCCUAUCUUAUGGAAGGAUGACACACAAACAGCAUUUCAAAUGGAACAGGGGGAUGGCAUGAUGAAUUUAUUCAGAUGAGUUCACUCCAGAAGACAUUAGACAUUCCAUUCAAGUUCAUUCAAGUAUUAUGCCACAAUAUCAAGACUAUAUACCAACAGAUUAAAAUUAUUCUGUUAAUGACUAGAGAACAAUGAUUAACAACUCUUGAUUAGCAUGUCUUUGAGCAAAAAAUAAUAUAAAAAUACAUUUUUCACAUUGUCCAGAUCAUUUUUAAAUUUAAACAGAUCAAAAGCUGAGAAGCAUCUUUCUUAACAAUCCUAUUUCUUAUUUACAUAACUACUGACUAUCAUCAAGCAAUUGAUUCAGUGGGUCUGUUUUAGUCAGAACUCGAUUUAAGCAUUCACGUUUUAUGAAACUAUUAUUUGGAAUGUUUGCAUAUUUAGAAUGAAGAUGGAACUUUAAAAAAUAUGUAUCAGAAAAGGGUUAGGCUUGUUUUAGGUAGCAACCCUAAAAAAAGUUAUGUAAUAUAUGUUGGGUUCUCUAAAUCCAAUGUAAUUAUGUCAGGUUUUAUGGGAGCCCUGCUUCAUGAUUUCUGCAGUAAGGCAAGGUAGAGGAAUGGUUGAUGAAACUACUCUUUAAAAGGGUUGGGUCUAUGGUUGCAUGGCAGUAUACAGCACCGGACUUCCACUGGCAGAAUAGUGGAAUUGGGACAGGGGCAGUCUCCCUUACCUGCAAGAGCUUCCCAACCUCCCCAAAAGUGCAUCAAAGGGCCGCGAAACUCUCCUGAGCCAGGGUUGCAGUGAAGAGCAAAGUGGUUUUAACACCAGCUUGGCAAUGAAUGUAGACCAACACUGAAGAAGUUAGGACCUUUUCAGAUGUGUCUGUGAUCUGCAUGGGUUGAGCAACCUCUGUGGUCCUGAGGGCCAGUUUUCAGGUUGGGCAAGUACUAAGAGGCCACCAGCUCAAGAGGACAGCCUAAGGAGUAAAGAGCUAUGUUUAUCUGACUUUUUGAAUGGGGAAAAAUGCAUCCAGUUGAUAAAAUUAAACUUUUCCAUUUUAAUGUUCAUAUAUAAAUACCAUUAUUAACAAAUGAAAUCCACCAGUCAUACUUAUUAUUAAAAUUAUAUUUGUAUUUAAAUUGAUGAUAAAUGUGCUUAAAUUAACUUUAAUUAAUAUGAUAUAUACCUCAAAAAUUACAGAAAAUUGUUGAUACACACCGAUUAUUAAAAGCUUUCUCUUCCUGUUGACUAUAGUGCAUUUUGCAAUUUGCUGGAGAAUUUUGGUGGCUAACCACAAUGUCAAUUCAAAAAAUAAAAUUCUGGGAGCAUUAAAAAGGUCUUGUUGCUACUUCCCCUCUACUGACAUAUUGAGAAAGUACUCUGUUUGAAAAGGGACAUCCUUAUCUUCAUUAUAUGUUUGAGUUCUUAAAAUGGCAAGUAAAUGGCAAGUGAGCGUUUAACUUCCAGGUUUUAGUGUCAGAUCAUUCAGAAAUGGAGAUUCCUUUGUCUUUGGUGAGUAUACAAGUUCUAGAUAAAAGGUCCUCAUCAUAGUCCUGCUGUAAGCACCGCCUGAGGUCAACCUCAUUGAUUUCAGGAGAGCAGGAUGACCCCUCAUACUUUUAGGCUUACACAGGUAUAUUUAUGUUCAAAUUGCAGUGCCUAACCUUUUUGUGCAGCAGUGACAUUCAUGCCUGAGUAGGGAAAACAUAUUCUAUAAAGCGCACAUUUAGCAUACAUGUUUUAGCAUGAAGUAAGAGCUCGUGUAUCUCUGUAUACUGGUGUCAGGAAAGCUUCCAGAUAAUGACUCCUGGUGCUAUCAGUCAAAAGGCAUGUGGUCUUUUUUUCCUUAACAUUGUGUGUGUGUAUGUAUGUAUGUGUACAGUGAAAGAAGUUGGAAUAUGUAAUGAGAAAACAUGGAAGAGCAACAAAUGGGUGACGAUGCUUUAUGAAUCACCCCUGAACACCUCUGUGAAUGAGUUGUGUGGUACCAUUCCUGCUCAAGCCUCACCUCUCUGGAUGCAAUUCCAUCCACAGUGAUUUCCCAUACAUCCCAACCCCAUAUGCCCUUCAGUUACACAGUUAUGCAACUGUGCUACUAUGGAAGGAAGACAGAGACUUUUCUUCCUCACUUUUUUCCUUUGCUUAUUUGUUAGCUAUUGAAGGAGGCAUAAAAUCAGAAAAUGAAUGCUAUUCAAAGUUUUUACCAGUAUAAGUCACUUAAAUUCAAAUAUCUUGGACCCACAACUCAAGUCGAAAAUGCAACUAAAGUGUUUUACAAAAACUUCAAAAUAGUUGACUGCAAGGGAAAAUGUGGACAUUGAUAGGCAAUCAAUUCCAAAUUAAUUAAACUACAGCCAGUCUUUAUUUUGUUUAAUCUAGAGGAGUGGUGAAACCCUUAUGGAUCUCAAAUUCCCUUUUUCACCUCAUGAAGACAAUCUAUAUAAAAAUUCUAAGUAAAAGUUAUAUCCUAUGAAGGUGGAACAGAACACAAUUUGGAAACAUUACUUCAGACUACACCUACUAUGAUUUCUGGGGAACUCUGGGAAUUAUUGUCCAUAUUCUGUAGCCAGAACUGGAGCAUUGUUGCUUGCCGCUCAAACUGCUAGGACUCACGACCAGUACUCUGGCCCUCUAAGGAGAGCAGCUCCUUAGCAGUCUUUAGUCAAUAUGUAUUUAUCUUGCAAAACACUCAUCCGUCUGGCCUUGGUUAAGAGAUAGAGAAUGGUGGCAAGGUGUUGGAAACAGGGCUGUGUAUACUUCCUUGAAUCCCCUAAAUGUGCCACAUAGGGUGCAGUCCCAUUACUAGCACUACAGCAAAAUUUAGCUGCUAGUUCAGACAGCUUUUAUGGGUGAUAUGGUGCCACCUUCUUCCCCUCAGGCAAUGAAAAUCCUCUAGGCCAGUGGUUCCCAACAUUCCUAAUGCUGCAAUCCUUUAAUACAGUUCCUCAUGUUGUGGUGACCCAAACCCAUGAAAUUAUUUUUGUUGCUACUUCAUAACUGUAAUUAAAUAGGUGUUU